UUAAAAGCAUCGCAUGCAGUGUAAACAUCUCAACAGGAACAUACAGUAAGAGCGGGAAAACAAUUCAAUAAAUUAUAUAAAUGACACAAGUGCAUUUGUUGGAUUCACUUUGUCUAUCAGGUAUCGAAUACGUUGUGUCAAAAACUGAGAUGAAAUUCAGCAUAGACGGAAAUAUUGGAUUACAUUGGGGGGGACAAAGGGAUUUUAGUUAUGUCCUUUAAAUAUGUAAAGAUAUUGAUACAACAAAGUUUUUUCUCCGUAAAUGAGAAAAGUUGGUGAACCUGACUUGUCCGCCUGCUCCUCUGCCUGCUCCUCUCUCCUCCUGCUCCCUGUGCAAUCUGGGCUGCGCGCUGCCGUUUUUCCGGGAGGGGGGGUCGCUCCUUAUAAAUAAAAUCCAGCGUCUCUGGCUCCUCUUCCUUAUUGGUCAGGUGGAGGCGUUACCUCACUCCGGGACCGGUGACGCAGCGUCUUCACGUAUCCUUCACGCGCGUCUCCCCUCGUUCCUUAUUGAGAGUCUUGCAGUCGGUCAGAGCCGAAGAGACACGGUGCGCUCGAUACAACACACUUCCCAUCCCGGGAGGAGAGCGGCGCACAAGAGCAACCUCUCUCUCUAUAUCUCUCCCUUUCUCUCUCUCGCUCCCUCCCGUACACACGCUCACGCCCGCGCGCACGCACGCCCUUCAUACGUCUCCACUUCGCCGUGGUAAAAUUACGGCAUUGAUCUCAACGGCGAGUGCGGAUCUGUCUCCUGCGUUCGCCCCCUUUUCUUCGACGGACCGACUUUGGGAAAACACGCUCCUCCGGAGAAAAGUGACUCCUCUCGUCCUGCAUGUGUCUGUGAGGACCCCUGGUCAUGUCCAGUUAGCUGCCCUGCGUGAUGCCUGAUCAUGACAGCACCACCCUCCUAACUAGACAGACGAAGCGCCGACGCGUCGACAUCGGGGUGAAAAGGACUGUGGGUAGCGUCAUAUUCACCCGCGCCAGGGACACCCUGUUUGACAGCAUGAACCAAUCGCAUGGGCCCGAUCAGGACGGAGACUGCUCGUUGGUCAGCCGUAGCCACGGGGGCUCAAGCGGCGAUGGCGAGAAGUCGAAUGUCUUGAGGAAGUUGCUGAAGAGGACCAACUCGUAUGAAGACGCCAUAAUGCCGUUCCCCGGUGUGACCAUCAUCUCUCAGCUACUGAAGAACAACAUGGGCAAGAAUGGAGGGAGUGACUCAGGCUUCCAGGGGAGUGGUGCUCUGUCCAGUGGUGGCUCGGAGAUGCAGGCCGAAGAUGCCUGCAGCAACUCCUCCCGCGACCAGGACAGCCCGUCUGACUGCCUCUCUCCCGGGCCUCCUCUUCCCCCCUCUUCUUCCUCCUUCGGGCGACCACUGCCUCCUUCAGGCCUCAACUCCCACGCUCCCUCUCAAGCCCUCUCCCUCUCGUCCUUCGACUUGGACCGGCUAUCAGACGAGCACCUUCGCGCAAAACGCGCCCGCGUGGAAAACAUCAUCCGCGGCAUGAGUCACUCGCCCCUGGUCCGGCCCAGCGUCGGCGACCACAACCAAGAGAGCCACCGCCACAAUGAGAACAGCAGCAGCAACAGCAACAGCAGCAAUGAUCACAGAGGAGACGGCAGCGGCCACAACAUCAGCAACCACAGCCACAUCCGGAGCGACUGUCCCUCCCUCAUGAGCUCUCCAGGCUCCCGCGCCGUGGUCGUCGGUGGUGCUGGUGAGGUUUACCGGGAGAAUAAGAGAAAGCAGCGUCUGCCGCAGCAGCAGCACAGCUUCACCCAGCUGGUGUGUUCCAGGCAGGAGCAAAGGCAGGAGGAGAGACGGCAGCUCAAACUGCAGCUGGAGGACAUGCAGAAACAACUGAGGCAACUUCAGGAGAAAUUCUACCAGAUCUAUGACUCCGAGACGGAGGAAGAGGAGGAGAACGGCGAAAGUGGAGAGGCGGACCGAGGAGGAGAAAGAGAGGAGGAUGGUAACUUGUCAGAGGACAGCAUUCGCUCCGACGGCUUGGAGGAAAGGCACAGGGCCAGGGGGCGGCACAGACAUGACGAGCUGUCCGAGCUGGACCCAGGUCUCUUCCUGGACCGGGCCCGAGCCCUCCUUCGUGAGCAGGCGAUGUUAGAUGGAGAAAUAGAGGAAGACGUGGACGGCAGGGAGGAGGAGGAGAGGAAUGAAGAAAGGGUGAUGAAGAGGAGAGGGGCCGCAGCAGGGGGAGGGGGAGGAGGAGGAGGAAGGCAGUUAGCAGAGACACUGAAGCAGGAGCUGAACUGCGCUGUGUCGCAGGUCGUUGACACCGUCGUCAAGGGCUUCUCUUCGCCCAAGCAGGCCAACAGUCACCACCACGGCUGCCACAGUAGCACCCCAGCAGCACCCUCCUCUUCCUCAAACUCAUCCUCUUCCUGUCCUCCGCCUUUCGGGCCUCUCCCCUCCCUCACCCCUCCCUCACGAUAUAGCGGCGGCGCUCUGGCCCUCACCCUCAACGGUGGCGGCAGUCCCACUCCGAACUACCACUCCUCCAACCAGAGGCUGCACUGCUUCGGCGAUGUCAUUGUCCCGAGCCCGAUGGAUUCAUUUGGAGGCUUGAGUGGCAGACUGAGUGGCGUGCCGACGCCGAACGACCAAACAGAGGCGCUGCCGCUGGUUGUGCGCAAGAGUGGCGGAGGCGGCGGAGGAGAGAACCUCCACCCCUCUCUUCCUCCUCCGCCUCCUCCUCCCCACCAUCCCUCUCACCAUCCCUCUCUCCAUCCCUCUCCGCUCACGGCCUCUCUCGGUUUUAGCCCGCCAUCUUUUCGCCACCCGUUCCCGCUUCCCCUCAUGGGUUACCCCUUCCAGAGCCACCUGGGGUCGCACGGGGGCGGCGGUGGCUACCAUCCAGGGCCCAAGGACCACCAUCGGUCCUCGCCCGAUUCCCUGGACAUGACCCGGGAAACGAUCAGCCUCCGAAACAAAAUGGCAUCCCUCGGAGGGGGUCAUCUCAGUCACCACCACCAUCACCACCACCACCACCGGCAGAAUUCCCCGAACCAGCACGGACCAGAGGGUCUGUCCCUGGCUCUCAUCAAGUCUGAGUGUGGAGACCUGCAAGACAUUGCUGACAUCUCGCCCUACUCCGGCAGCACUAUCCAGGAGGGUUUGUCUCCCAACCACCUGAAGAAAGCCAAGCUGAUGUUCUUCUACGCCCGCUACCCCUCCUCCAACAUGCUCAAAAUGUUCUUCUCCGACGUCAAGUUCAACCGCUGCAUCACCUCCCAGCUGAUCAAGUGGUUCAGCAACUUCCGGGAGUUCUACUACAUCCAGAUGGAGAAGUUCGCCCGGCAGGCCAUCAACGAGGGCGUGACCGCCGCGGAGGACAUGACGGUGGGCCGCGACGCCGAGCUGUUCCGGGCACUCAACAUGCACUACAACAAGGCCAAUGACUUUGAGGUCCCCGAGCGAUUUCUGGAGGUGUCUCAGGUGACUCUCCGGGAGUUCUUCAACGCCAUCGUGGCGGGCAAGGACGCCGACCCCUCCUGGAAGAAGGCCAUCUACAAGGUGAUCUGCAAACUGGAUGGCGAGGUCCCGGACGUCUUCAAAUCCCCCAACUGUCUACAGGAACUCCUCCACGACUGAGGAGGUCGUGAGGAGGAAACGCGGCGAGUAGGACAAACCUGCACGGACCGUGAGAAGACUGUGAGAACAUGUUUCUAGAGGCCUGGGUCGGGAUGAGGUCUUCAGUGAGAUACGUUUGAAGGAGACUGACGAUGCAGAGACUUGAAGUUAUUCUUCUCGGAGGUGCCGGGGGAACGUUUGCUGGUGGUUGUUUUUCGGUCAGCCCAUCUUUUAAAAGACAAACCCCGCCCUCCAGAUGUUUUAUAAAGAAAAUAAAAAAAUCCCUCUUCACCGAAGGCAGAGGGCCGAGACUCCUCAGAUUAACGAAUCCUGCAGAGACUUUUAUGACUCAAAAGCAAAACGGUGAGAGUUGAAUAUCCUUGCACUUACAGAACAGCCCCUCCCGGCCUGAAACACCCCAUCCCCUCUUUCUCCUCCACCGCGUCCAAGCUCGCUCUUCGUCCGGCCUCACCGCUGAAGAGGAGGUCCUCAGCCCCAAGACCUGGGACUGGGAGCGAACUAAAAAUGAAGAUGAUAAUAUAUAUAUAUAUAAAAAUCUUUUUAUUGUGGAUGUUUUUAAGUUACAUGGACAUUUUGGAAAAACAAAAGUGAUGUUUCUGUAUUUUUUUUCUCCUUUGUAUAAGCUUACACCUCCUCAGUCACUUACAAAGAUGCACACAAACGCACACACACCUUCACAUACACACACACACAGAGGAAAGCACAGUAGCAAUUCCAAAUCCCCAAAAACUAACUUAGUUGUUGUUUAUUUCCCUUAAUUCCCCCUCCUCUUUUUACUUCUUCCUCUUCUUACUGUACUGAGACUUCCUGGGUGUUCGUCUUGACUGUGCCCCCCCCGGCUGCCCCUUUUGGCUCAUGUUGCAUUCAGGUACCCAGAGGAUCAAUGGCAAACAUUUUCAGUAAGAAUGAAAUGACUGAAACAACAUCAAUCUUAUUUUUUUUUAACGAUUUUAGAAGA